UUUGCAUAUUUUAUUGGAACCGAAUGAAAAUAACGAUCAAUCGAACGUUUUCUGUUUCACUUCUUUCAAAUCGAUAAUUUCGAAAUGUUCGAAAAAUAUGAAAGAAAAAUCUCCCGAAAUAACUCGAAACUCAAAAUGCAUAAUGCAACAUUGCAAACGAUGUUGUAACUGUACAACUUUACAUGAUUUCCAAUUACCAACAAAACAAAAUUAUUCCAGAUUAAAACCGCACGAUAAUCAGUGUACCAAUCAAUAUAAAAUAGAGAAUUCUGAUACUGGUUCUAUCAGUAGUCAAAUUAAUGACGAAGAAAAUUACAAAGUAAUAAUACCUACUAAAUACUUAUCGGACAAGGAAUAUGAUUCUAAAUAUAGUUCACGUACGUCUUGCAACGAUCAAAUCACGAAAGAAAGUUAUUCCAAAUUAAAACUCCAUGAUAACCAGUACACUAAUCAAUACAAAUCUAUAGAAAAUGACAAUAUUAUUUCUACGACUAAUGACGAAGAAUCAAAUUACAAAGUGAUAAUACCCACUAAAUAUGUAACGGAUAAAGAAUAUAAUUCUACACAUAGCUCGCGUUCCUUUUACGACAAUCAAGUGACAAUACAAAAUUAUUCCAAAUCAAAAUCGCAUAAUAACCGGUACACUAAUCAGUGCAAAUUUAUAGAAGAUACCGAUACUACUUCUGGUCAAAUUAAAAAUAAAGAUUUGAAUUGUAAAGUGAUAAUACCUACUAAAUAUUUAUCGGAUAAAGAAUAUAAUUCUAGAUAUAGUCCGCACAUCUCUUACAAUAAUCAAAUCAUUAAAAUAAAAAGAAAUGCUGGUUGUCAAACAUCGGAAAAAUGCAAGUCAUAUCACGUGUACAAAAAACCAAAAAAAAAAGUUGAAAGUAGUAAAAAAAGAAGUAUCGCUUGCUUUUCAACGAGCAUACCAUCUUCUAAGGACAUCAAGACAAUUUUCGAAACUAAUCGAAAAAAUUUUAACAAUGGAAAGAGUAGAACGAAUUUAGAGUUAUUAGAAACUCAAUAUAUCAAAGAAAUAACUAAGAAUAAGAACAAGAAAAUAGACAAAAAAUCGAAGAAAUACGAUAAAGAGAAUUUGAUACGAAAAAAGAAAAAAAGUCAUAUAAGCAAUGAUAAAGAGAACGUAUUUAAAUUUAAAAAUGAUAAAGAAAUAAAUACAAGAGAAAAAGAAUUAAAAAAUGAGAAGAUGCUUAAAAAUAUUGAAUCAAAUAUUGAUUCUGAAAUUUUCUUCGAUUGUAAUAGCAUGCCAAGUCUUACGGACGAUAACAUUACAAAAAUAUUUCGAGAAUAUAAUGAUAGAAAUGAACGAUUAAUGUUAAAUGAAAAUGGAGAUUAUGUACUUCAAGAAAGAUUAAUUAAUGAUAUCAAAAAUAACACCAACGUGCCUACAAUAACUGCUUAUGAUGUCACAAAUUUUUCAGAUAAUAAAAAUUGUACGAAAAAUAAAGAGAAGAUUAUGCUCGAUAAUCAUGAUGUAAUUAAAUUAAACGAACCUUCGUCAGAGAUGAACACGUCAUGGAGAUCGCAAACUUAUUUGAUAGAAAAUAAAACUUCCGAACUAAUGAUUCUUGGAAAUGUAAAAAAACGAUUAGAAGAGGAUUACGAUGAUUAUUUUUCACUAUACGAAGUGGAUGAUGACACACAUGAUUUAGACAACGAUCUUUUUCUUGAUGCAAAAAACUCAAACGAUAUUUUAGAAAUUGACAAGCCUUGCAUCGAGAUUAAAGCGGAUUACCAUGCAUCGCAAGAUAACCUCAAAACUUCAAAACAAUCUAUAUUGACAUCGAUAAAAAAGAAUCAAGAAAUAAAAGAAGUAACGCAACAAUCGAUACGUACCUUAAUUUGUCCAUGUUCUAUUUGUUUCUUAAAUUCGAAUUUGAACAAUAAGCAAAAUAGCUUUUAUACAGCAUUAAAAGAACGAGAGUGCAGUUCAAGCUCAUCAGUCGAAUAUUGUAGUGCCAGUAAUAUUCCUUUAUCAAAAAAAUCUACUCAAAAUAAUUCUUUCAAUACGAUAUUUCAAACACACUCGAUGGAUACUACUGUGUUAUAUGAUGAUGAUUUGAAGAAAUCAGAGAUUCAAAAUAAUUGUUUUUUGAACGAUAUUUCGUACGAAGACGACAAUGCGCUUCACGAUACUAGGGAAUUUUUCGAUCGGACGUUAUUAAAUUCGUACAUGAUGUGUUGUUGUCAACGGAACUCGACACCAAACUUUUCCAAGUCAAAACUGGUUACAGAAUCAUUAGAUUCUGGAAUUUUAACCGAUUUUUCACGAGAUCAGCUUCGAAUUAUAUCAGAUGAACAAUUUUGCGAGAAAAGUGAAAAGAACAAUAGAGGUGAGCGAAAAUGUUACACGAAGAAAGUGGAUUUGUUGCCGACCUUUGAUUUCAACACGGAUAGCAGUUAUUCGGACGAUUCGCUUAAUCGAAGGGUCGAUCUUGUAGUGAAGAAAUUCACAGAAAAUUUGAUUCUAACAGAACGAAAGGCAAGAAUCAAAUUGAGACGAAUGGAGAAUUCUACAAAACGUAAACAGAUGAAGAAACUAUGGAAGAAUCGACGACAAGUACAGAAUAUAUUAGAAUAUAUUCCCAAACGAAGUUUUGUUUGUAAAUUCGAGCCUUCUCUAUGGACGAAUGAUGACGAUUGGGCUAUAAAUAGUUCUACGCCGCCAAUAUACUCAUUCUCCGAUUCUGAAAUCGAUCCUUUAUAGUUUAUUAAAAAAUUAAAACAAUUCAUUCAUUUCAAUUUUAUGGUUUCUAUGAAACGAAGCAAAGAUACGAGAUAAUCA